AUGGGGUUCGGCCAAUUCGAUUCAAUAUGCGAGAAGACGCCUAUGCCACUAUGUCUUCUGGUAGGCCCGGCGUCGGCUAUCUCCGGCGACACCGGCAUUGUCUCUAACUGCUAUGCGCGGAAUAUCGAAGUCGCUAAUACAAUGAUCUUCCAAGGCGCGGCGUCCUUUAUGCAUAUCAUCGCCCUUGGCAUGACGGUCAUAAUGAUCUUGCAUAUUCGGUCCAAGUUUACUGCCGUUGGCCGCAAGGAAAUCAUCACCCUCUUCUAUCUAUAUCUAGCCCUUACCAUCUGCUCACUCAUCAUCGACGCAGGUGUUGUCCCACCAAGAAGCGGCUCCUUCCCCUACUUCGUGGCGAUCCAAAGCGGCUUGGUCUCGGCGCUAUGCACUUGCUUGCUGGUAAAUGGCUUCGUGGGCUUCCAGCUGUACGAGGAUGGGACGGCUCUCUCUGUGUGGCUGAUUCGGAUCCCAUCUGCAUUGAUGUUUGCCAUGACGUUUGUCAUUUCCCUGCUGACUUUCAAGUCAUGGGGUGGCCUGGGACCGGAGAAUACGGUUGGCUUGUUUGUGGUACUAUACCUCUUCAACGCCAUCAGCAUUGCCAUUUAUGUUGUCAUGCAACUGCUCCUUGUUCUCAAUACCCUGGAUGACCGCUGGCCCUUGGGUCACAUUUGCUUCGGAGUAGCGGUUUUCAUUAUCGGCCAGGUGCUUCUCUACGCGUUCAGCGAUUUGAUCUGCAACAAUGUGCAGCAUUACUUGGACGGGCUUUUCUUUGCCACGUUCUGUAAUUUACUGGCUGUCAUGAUGAUCUACAAGUUCUGGGAUUCAAUCACCACCGAGGACCUCGAAUUUUCCGUCGGAGUCAAACCAAAUAGUUGGGAGAUCAAAGAGUUGCUCCCUGAGGAGGACCACCGUCAGUCUGUCUACCACGACAACAACUCCGAGUACGGUGGCUAUGGGCAUCAGCGAGCUUCAUCAUACGGCCACCAAUAUUAG